GCUCCGAUUUCAGCCUUCCGCUCCCUAGACGGUCUGACGUGGCAGAAGCGGCUGCAGUGCCAGCGCGUGUGCCCACCCCGAGUCCGUCAGAGCCCACGAUGCGGCGGCGGCUUCUGCUCCUACUGUGCGGUGCGGUGCUCCUCGCCGGCCUCUCGGCGUACCAAGUGGACCCCGAUAAGCUGAAGGACCUGGCGCGGGGAAAAGUCGAGACCUGUGGAGGAUGACAACUGAACAGGCUCAGAGAGGUGAAGGCCUUCGUCACACAGGACAUCCCUUUCUAUCAUAACCUGGUCAUGAAGCACAUUCCUGGGGCCGACCCCGAGCUGGUCCUAAUCAGCCACUACUACGAAGAGCUCGACCGGAUCCCCUUGAGUGACAUGACUCGCACAGAAAUAAACGAGCUGCUUCUGUCACUCGGCUUCUACAAGAAGGAAAGCCCAGACGCUGCUGUCCCCGAAGAAUUUCGUUAUGCCCCAGCCAAGGAGAGUCCCUGGAGAAAACAGGACCCCGACCUGAACGGCACAACUGGCAGCCAGGAUCCAUCGAGUCCGUCAAACGAGGAAACACCUGAACUCCGAGACAACACUGAGGAUCCGGAAUCCCGGGCCACUGAAGAGGAUCCUGACCAAAACGCACAACAUGCAGACUUGUAAAGCACAAUGGUGGAGACGCCGUCGUGUGCCAAAGUGGCGGCUUCUUUAGGACCCUGCAAUGGAUUUCUAGUUAAUUAGAGACCCGAAAUCAGUGCGAUACGAGUAAGCGUGGUGGUGGCGGGUGCGUCUACUGAUCGAGCGGUUCCUGCCUUGUGCCUGCUGUGGCUUGGACUUGUCCUAGAAUUCUAAAAUGGAGGACACCCCGGGAUACGUAAUUUAAAACACUGGAACAAAAACGUGACAGGGAUGGCGGCCAUUUUGAGUCGACUGUCACGAUUCGCAGCAAAAUAAUUUCUAAGGCUCUGUGGAUAUUCUCAAAAAAACGAUCCGUGCUUCUGGCAGGCUCUCCGAUAUUUAUUUGGAACGUUUCCACAUUAGACACACUGGAAAAGCAACCGAACCAAUCAGACCACCGGAGCUCCGCUCCACGGAGGAGGUUGUCACUCGAUAUCCUGGUUAACUACGGUCAAGGUUAGGGUUAUCCGACUCAAAAUCCUGCAAUCUGAUUGGCUGAACCGCAGCACUGCGGUGGUCUGCAGCUGGGCUCAUCUCGACAGCACACUCUUUUCAAAUUAUCGUCACAGAGAUACAUGUAUUUGUAAAUGUUGGGGCCACCGGGGGGUGCCCCAGAGCCCUGAACACCAGAUUUCUUUACCGGGUUCAAACAGUUCAGCACAAUAACAACACACAACUGAUUACUCCACAAGUGCCGUCCCGUGCCUCCCAUCUCGGACCCCCUGAGGUAGAGGAGGUGGCUUCUUUUAUACCAGACCCAGUGCCACAGCAAUGCACGUCACAGACACCAGGCAGAAGACCUCCUAAAGUAGACUUAACGUUCCCUCCAGUACCCCCCAACAGGACUACAGUGCCCAACAUGGCUCUGCAAGUGUAUACACCACCAUGGGGGUGAUGCCACCUUGUGUUUAUGGCAUCCCGGCUGGGUAUCAGUGCUCUGUGACCCCUGCCCCUCUCUCUCGAUUGGCAUGUGAUUGGUUCCUUGGCGCCUCACGGUUGUAAAAAUAUGACAGAUGAAUCUUUUUGAAUCACCCUGUAUAUUCGGUAGACGGGAAGGGAUGUAACGGGAGAAUGGUAGUCUGGGAACCGGAAAUGACAUCAGAAGGGGCAAAGAACCGCCAUCCAUUUCCGUCGGGAUGCUGGUCCCUCCGUGAUGGCAUUCACACUACGCAUGCCGCUUUCUGUCGUGGAUGACCUGCUAGUUGCCCAUUUUCGAGUCGGACCACUCGUACUUUCAAAAAAAAAAAUAACAAAGCAAAA